AUGGUUCUAAUGUCGUCUUUAUUGAACCAGGCUCCUUGCUGGUGGUUAUGGCCAGGCUAUGGUGCUGGUUCUGGUGCUGGUGCUGGUGGUGCUGGUGGUUAUGGCCAGGGUUAUGGUGCUGGUUCUGGUGCUGGUGCUGGUGCUGGUGCUGGUGCUGGUGCUGGUGGUUAUGGCCAGGGUUAUGGUGCUGGUUCUGGUGCUGGUGCUGGUGCUGGUGCUGGUGCUGGUGCUGCCGCUGGUGCAGUUUCAAGACUUUCUGCUGGUUCUGGUUCUGGUUCGGGUGCGGGUUCAGGUGGUGGUUAUGGUCAGGGUUAUGGUUCUAGUUAUGCUAGUGCUACUGGUGUUGGUGGUUAUGGUCAAGGAAGAUAUGGUCAGGGUGCUGGUGCUGGUGCUGCUGCUGGUGCUGGCGCUGGCGCUGGUUAUGGUCAAGGAGGGUAUGGUCAGAGUGCUGGUGCUGGUUCUAGUUCUGAUUCUGGUGCUGCUGCUGGUGCUGGUUAUGGUCAAGGAGGGUAUGGUCAGAGUGCUGGAGCUGGUGCUGGUCAAGGGGGAUAUGGUCAGGGUUAUGGUGCUGGUGCUGGUGCCGCUUCUGAUGCUCAAAGUGCUGUUUCUAACUCAGUUUCAAGACUGUCGUCACCUAGUGCAAGUUCAAGGGUUUCAUCAGCAGUAUCAAGCCUCGUACAAAAUGGUAGACCUAAUUUGGAUAGUCUUCCUAAUGUCAUCAGCAACCUUUCUUCCCAGGUUUCGGCAUCUACUCCUGGUGCGAGUGGAUGUGAGGUCUUGGUUCAGGUCUUAAUGGAAGUAGUCACUGCGUUGGUUCACAUAUUAAGUAGUGCAAGUGUCGGUAAUAUAGACUUAGGAUCAGCUAGCGUAUCUGCAAAUACAGUUGGUAAUGCACUAGGCAACAUGGGAAAAUAGUGUACUGGUUUUUCCCAAUUAAUUCAUCUCUAUACUAAUCAGUUAAAAUUCUAAGUGUUGAAAAAACAAUUUAAGUUUCAAGUUUCAGAUAUUUCUCGUUCUUUCUCAUUCUCAUGGGGCUUAUUUUAUCUUUCACUCUGGGUAAGGUUUCCGACACCAGGACAUUAUUUAAUUCCUAUAAUAAUAAUAAUCUAAAUAAAUUGAAUCAAAUCGGGGUUCUCGCUAACGGUUUGAUAAAUUAGAGUAAUUUUCUAUGUAAUAUUCUUAGUAAUUAAUUGUCUAAUUAUUAGUGACCGUCUGAUCUAUGCUAAUAAGGCAUGACCGGUGAUAAAUGGAAGUUUCUGUUAUGAAUUAAACUGAUAUGUCUAUACAUAGUCGUUAUGAUUGUUCGAAAAUUCUACUUCCAUGCUUUAUCGGUCAUACCUUAAUUCAUCGAUCGUUUUAAUUGAUUCAAACCAUUUUCGAAAAAAAUUUGAUCAAAUCAGGUCGGAAUUCAAUCUUUUAUCCGAAUAGGUAGUGUUUAAAAAAACAAAGAACUUUAAUCCAUCAACAAAUUUCUUUCUUUCGUUCUUGUUCACUUUCAUGGGGCUUAUUUCAUCUUUAAUCUUUCACUCUGAUUCAAGGGUUUCCGACAUCAGAAUCUGAUGAUCACAAUACUUCAAAAAUGGAUAUUCUUGUAUUGG